GACUGUAGCUCCCUUUCACGCAGCUUGUGUGGAAGCUUUGAGUUCGCAGUUUUGUUGACUCAACUUUUAAAGCUAGAUUCUUCGGUAAGUUUAAGACCCUUAUAGGGAACUUGCAGACCAAAAAUCGACGGAGAAGCAACAAACCCGAAGACACCAGCUCAAAGGUCUGCUGCUAACAGGAAGUUGUUCACGUGAUUUAACAAAUAAAGUUCAGGAUGGACAGGAAGCAGUGUUGUGUGAAGCUGUCGGUUCAGCCAUCCAGAGGGCUCAUGGAUGAGAAAUUCAUUGUCCUCGUCCAGAAUGCCCUGCCUGGUUCCCAACUGACCAUCCGUGCCCUGCACCAGUGUGAAGAUGGACACAGCUGGGAAGCGUUUGGUCACUACACUGCUGAUACCACAGGGACCAUCAAUGUUUCAGAGGAUCCCAGUAUAGGUGGGACAUAUUCCGGAGUCGAACAGAUGGGUCUACUGUGGAGCUUCAGACCAAUUCCAGGCAGCAAAUCUGGACUGAGGAUGCGAAAGAAGAACAUCCAGACUCCCAUGGAGGUCACAAUUUCUGUUUACCAGGGUCACCAGACAGAGGGCUUCGCAGAUCUGGUGCCAUUCUCUGGUGUGGCGGUGGAGCGCUGGUAUAUGGCACCUGGUGUGCGUAGGAUUCCAGUUACAGAAGGUGGACUCAACGCAGCCCUUUUUCUGCCCUCGGGUCCUGGACCUUUUCCUGGCCUGCUGGAUCUAUGGGGGGGUGGAGGGCAGUUGGUGGAGUACCGUGCAGCGCUCUUGGCCUCUCAUGGAUUCGCUAGUAUGGCCAUCGACUACCUGACCGCUAAAAUCACCAUGGAAACUGGAAAGAUGGUGGACAACCAGUAUUUUGAGACAGCCUACAGAGUCCUGCAGCAACAUCCUCAGGUCUGCGGCAGCAAGAUCGCCAUGAUAGGUCUUUCCUUUGGCACCAGUAUCACCCUCAAGAUGGCUGUUUACUCUGAAGUUAUAAAACUCAGUGCUGCAGUCUGUAUCAGUGGGAGUCAUGUGCAGCCAGUUGAUGGAUCUGUGGAAGAAAUAUUGAGAUUCUUUCAGAAAAAUGGUGAAAAGACUCGCUUCAGUGAAAAGAACGAGGUGAUCUGGCGAGAUCUGCUGUUGCCCAUCCCCACCGACCCUUCACUCAAAGUCAAUGUGGGACGGCUACAGUGUCCUCUGCUGCUGGUUGUAGGUGAGGAUGAUCAGAACUGGCCAUCCCAAGAGUCUGCAUUGGAUAUUAAGGAAAUGAUGGCACGAGCGGGGAACAGUCAUCUGCUCACUGUCCUGUCAUACCCAAAUGCAGGUCACUUGAUCGAACCGCCCUACACACCACAUGCCAGAUCUAGCACCUUCAAAACUGUUGAAAUAGAAGAGAAGGUGAUGUGUCUGUGGGGUGGACAAACGGUGGAACAUUCUCGAGCUCAGGAGGAUGCCUGGAAAAAGAUGGUGGUUUUUCUCAGAGAGAAUCUGUAUGGUGGCAGAAAGCCUACCUCAUUUUCUCACCUGUAGUCAAGAUGAUGACAUGAGUUCCAAAGUCAAUCCAAGAUGAAAAUAUUUGGCUAAAGACAUAGUUAGGUGAGACGACAAUGGAAGCUCUUCUGUGGCAAUCAGUAUAUAAUGCAUUGCUAUGAAGAUAUUGAUUAUGACCUUUGGAUUCAGUUUCAAUAUUACUUAUUAAAAAUGUCUUCUUAAUAGAAAUAGUUAACGGGUGUAAUGGCUUUUGUAGUAGGAAGCUGCCACUUCAUAUGAUCAUUAAAUCAUAAACUACUUUUACAGAAAGACAAGCAGAGACAAUUGUUCCCCCACCAAAUACUCACACAAACCAAAAUAUCUUCCUGCACUAUACCGAUUUAACAGGAUAAACUGGAUAAGGUGCACUGCUUUUUGACUGAUGAAUUCUAAAAUGUUUUUACUACUAUAAUUAAAUAAAUAUCUAAUAUAUUACAAAAAAUUAUUAGUGAAAAUGACAAGUGGUGAAGAAAUUUUUCAAACCAUUCCUUUAGGAAAAGAAGCAAUAAAAUACUGAAAGCACAUCAGUACACAUAAAAAUGUACUACUGAAAACUGUGCAUUCAGACUGACUAUAAGUUUAAUUUCCAGCAUCAAAUUCUAUACAUCAUGUCUGCAGUAGUUGUCCUUUGGGGAUCUCUGGAAAAAAGUUGUUUGUGAAAAAUAAAUAUGUU